CCACUUGCUUUCCAAAUUGAACCCGGCCGCCGAGGAGUCUCUCUCUCUCUUCACUUCCAUGGGACGGCGAAAAAGCGGCGGCACCAAAGCUGAAGCUGACGGCCAGAAGAGCCAUGGGCUCGCCCUGGGCACCGCCUGCGUCGAGGGAGACAGAAUGGGGGUGGACGGCGAGGAGAUGGAUGAGAAGGCCGAGAGCUCCAACCUCGACGACUCGCCGUUGAUGCGCGGACAACACCAGCGCCGACUACUACUUCGUUCCUAUCCCCAUUUCGGUACUGCUCAUUUCGGUACGGCAAAGUGGAUGUAUAAGUCAGGCAAGAUCUACUUUAAUAAGACUCUUAAAGUAUGAUCCCGACUGUUCUCUGGGAAAUUGGUUGCUCCAUGGGCAUCCUCAAGUUAUUCUAGCCUACCUGAAAUAUCAAUGGUCUCUUGGUGAUGAUCUUAAACGGCAGGAAGCAUUUUCUCUUUUACAGCUAGAACUGUCAUGUUUAUCUUUCCACUAGACUAGAGUUAAUGAGAAACUGAAUUUUCAAUCUAUUGUCAAUUUUCAUCUAUGAUUUUCUUAGGAUUUAACUCUACAAUUAGCUUCUACGAAUGCCCACUCCAUGACACCCAUUGUUCCGGGUAAUGCUCCUAAUUCUAGUAUUCCUCUCCUUGCUCGUGCAUAUCUGCAACUUGGGACCUGGAAGAGGGCACUUUCCCCUAUAUUAGAUGAUGACUCAAUACAAGAGAUCCUUGUACCCCUUAAAAAUGCUGCACAUUAUGCUAAGGCCUGGGCAAAAGCAUGGCAUAUGUGGGCCUUAUUCAAUACAGCCGUGAUUCCUCAUUAUACAUUAAGAGGUUGCCCUGAUGUUGCAGCAAAGUAUGUUGUUGCGGCUGUCACUGGAUAUUUCUAUUCCAUAGCUUGUGCAUCAACUGCUAAGGGAGGAGUUGAUGACAGCUUACAGUAUGAAUGAAGCUGUAAAAAAUCUCAGCAGAAGGAAUAUACAAUGCUCAAACUGGACUGCUUUGCAUGGUUGGUUGUGGCUAUGUUGCUUCUUUGGUUGCUAAGCAGCAGAUGGAAAGAGGUGAGAUAAUGGACAGUGAAAUUAUUAUUAGCAUCCAAUUUGCUCCUCUGAAGCACAGCGCAGGGGAUAAAAUCACUGGCACAAUUAGGAGCACACAAGACAAGAUGGACCAUUAUUCUUUGAGCCGUUUGGCAUUACAUCAUCAGCUAUCUAUACAGAGCAGGCAAUUCACUCUUCCAUGUGAAGAAGAACCAAGAAGUACUUCCAUCCAUAUCUAUUAUUAUGCACAUCAUUCUCACUUUGGGGAGUAUGAUUCCUUUGGUGCUCUAUUAUUAUGCUACAUUGAAAGUGUGUUAUCUGAAAGAAAGAGAAGGAAAAUGUGUUUGGUGUUGCACACUGGUGCACCUUGAAUGACCAUCAGAUGGAAACAAAGGCGUUAACAGAAGAGGCAAUCUCAAUGGCUGAGAAGAAGAUGAACAUGAGCUUAGAUGAUAUUAUUAAAAUGUCGAAGAAAAAUGCUGCUAAAGGGAAAAGACCUCCGAGGCCUCCUAUUAAAAACAACGGCUUUCAGAAUAGGAAUCCUUCCCAUGGUAAUGCCGUGCUACAUGGAUUCAUGGAUUCCAGAUCUUCAAUUAGACAGGGUGUGCUUGCAAAGAGAAGGUCAAAUGUUCAUGGGAAUCAAUUCCCAGUAAUUACAGAGAUGGCUAGGAAGGCUGCUGCCAUUUCUGUCCAGAACAGGAUGAGAAAUCCGAAUGGCAGAUGUGUAUUGACACCCCUUCAAAGGAGUGCUGAUGCUGACUCCGAUAUCAAGCAGCUUCAAGCCUUGGAUGCAAUCUUUGCAAGUAUGAAUGCGACGAGGAUGGAUUUUGUGAUCGAAAAGAUUAAUCCUGGAGGCAGCAUGCAGUUGGUACAGAGGCCCUUUGGCUCAAGGCAGCAGCAAGGAAGAGGUGGUCGUCGCCCUCGAGGUGGUGUUCAUCCGGGACAAAGGCACUUUGGCUCAGGGCAACGGCAAGGAAGAGGUGGCCCUCGUGGUGGUGCUCAUGGUGGGCGUCGUGCUGCUGAUCGAUCGCCUUCAGCUCACUGACUUUGCUAAAUAAGAACAGUUAGUUUGCUGUUGCCCAGUGAACAAUUAGCUCGUUGUAUUUUAUUUGUUACAUUGUUUUCAUAUUCACAUCAAAGUCAGGUGCUUAAGGUGGAAAUCUAUGUCCCAACUAAUCUGUACACUCUCACUAAUCAUUAGAGUUUCUUGAAAGCACAAAUUACUUGGAUUUUUAUCAA